GCUCACUCUCUUUUUUUCCCCUCUCUCUUUCUUCACUCCUUUUUCUUUCCAAACAGGGAAAAGUGUUCCACGAAGCAGUAGCGCCUUUCCGCCUCGCCUUUUCCUCUCUGACCCUGGUCCCCGCUCCCGUCUGGGCGCGAGCUGGUGGGGCGAGCGCUGGAAGCCCCUCCGCGCCGGGCAGCGCGGGCGCGGGGACCUGGGCGCGGGGGCGCGGGGCCAGCUCCCGCGCCGGCACAUGGCUGCUGCCACCCCGCGCGCACCCCGAGGCGCCGCGCCCAGCUCGCCGAAGGUCCGUCGGCUGCGCCCGGCCGCCCCGGAGCCAGGCAGCGGCUGAGCGGGGAAGUGCCCGCGUCCGGGGAUCGGGAUGACCCUCCUCCUCCUCCUCUGGCUAGUUUCCUACUAUGCUGGAACCUUGGGGACUCACACUGAGAUCAAGAGAGUGGCAGAGGAAAAGGUCACUUUGCCCUGUCACCAUCAACUGGGGCUUCCAGAAAAAGACACCCUGGAUAUCGAAUGGCUACUCACCGAUAAUGAAGGGAACCAAAAAGUGGUGAUCACUUACUCCAGCCGUCAGGUCUACAGUAACUUUACUGAGGAACAGAAGGGCCGAGUGGCCUUUGCUUCCAAUUUCCUGGCAGGAGAUGCUUCCCUGCAGAUUGAGCCUCUGAAGCCCAGUGAUGAGGGCCGUUAUACCUGCAAAGUGAAGAAUUCAGGGCGCUAUGCGUGGAGCAACGUCAUCUUAAAAGUCUUAGUGAGACCAUCAAAGCCCAAGUGUGAACUGGAAGGAGAGCUGACAGAAGGAAGUGACCUGACUUUGCAAUGUGAGUCAUCCUCUGGCACAAAGCCCAUUGUGUAUUACUGGCAGCGAAUCCGAGAGAAGGAGGGAGAUGAACACCUGCCUCCCAAAUCUAGGAUUGACUACAACAACCCCGGACAUGUUCUGCUGCAGAACCUCACUAUGUCCUCCUCUGGACUCUACCAGUGCACAGCAGGCAAUGAGGCUGGGAAGGAAAGCUGUGUGGUGCGAGUGACUGUACAGUAUGUACCAAGCAUCGGCAUGGUUGCAGGAGCAGUGACAGGCAUGGUGGCUGGAGCCCUGCUGAUUUUCCUCUUGGUGUGGCUGCUAAUCCGAAGGAAAGACAAAGAAAGAUAUGAGGAAGAAGAGAGACCUAAUGAAAUUCGAGAAGAUGCCGAAGCCCCAAAAGCUCGCCUUGUGAAACCUAGUUCCUCUUCCUCAGGCUCUCGGAGCUCACGCUCUGGUUCUUCCUCCACUCGCUCCACAGCAAAUAGUGCCUCACGCAGUCAGCAGACACUGUCAACUGAAGCACCACCCCAGCCAGGGCUGGCCACCCACGCAUACAGCCUAGUGAGGCCAGAGAUGAGAGGUUCGGAGCCAAAGAAGGUCCACCAUGCUACCCUGACCAAAGCAGAAACUACACCCAGCAUGAUCCCCAGCCAGAGCAGAGCCUUCCAAACUGUCUGAAUUAGAGUGGACUUGACUCCCGUGCUUUCCUAGGAGUCAGGAUCUUAGGACUAUUCUAGUCAUUGAAGCUCAGUCACCAGGCACACAACCCCUUUGAACCAGAUGAGAGGUCAUUUAAGUAGUAGUGAGCAUUGCAUGGAACAGAUUCAAAUGAGCACUUUCCUUAUAUGACAAGAAACAAGAAAAAAGAUGGAAGCCGAUCAUCUCCAAAAAGGAAUCUACUUGUGUCUGUAGAUUACAGUUGGGGAAAGCAGGAGUCCAAAUCUGUGCAUUUGUUGACCAGGACCUGUGGUGAGAAAGGCUGGGGAAAAGGGAAGUGAACACACUUGAAACUUCUCACCUGAG